AUGAACACGUAUGAAGAAUAUGGUGAAGAUGAGCUCAACGAGUACAUCAUCCAGCUCAGUAUUCAAGACUCCUGCCAAGAAGCCUUCCUGAAAUCUGCUGCAAGUUUAACUGCAGUGACGGAGGAAAACCUGAGAGUCCUGGCUGCCAUCGAGCAAGGUGAUGUGUGGGUGCUCAGAGAGAUGCUGAGACACACCUUCGCUUUCGAGGAGCCGGACAGUCGAGGUUGGCUUCCCUUACACCGAGCUGCAUGUCAGCCGGUGCUAGAAGUUCUGGUGACUGUUCUGAGGUUGACAGCUCAGGGGCUCAGUCUGGAGGAGAAGACAGCGGUGGAAGGAGAGACGCCGCUGACUCUGGCUGUUAAAGCGGGGCUGGUGCAGAAUGUGAAGAGUCUGCUGGUGCACGGAGCUUCACCUCACAACACCAACAGCAAGAAUGAGACGCCGCUGCUGCUCGCAGUGAGGGCUGGCUCUUACCAGAUAGCAUACACACUAGUCGCUAGCGGCGCCUGGGUGGAGCAGAUUUGCCGGAAGAAGUGGACGGCAACACAUGAGGCGGCGAAGACCGGAAACGCAGAAAUCCUGAUGCUGCUGCUGAGGAAUGGCGGUCGGGUAAACCACAAAGAUGUGGCAGGAGUGACGCCGCUCGCUGUAGCUGCAGAGCACGGGCAUUUUCACAUCGCUGAGAUUCUGCUGAACUGUGGUAGCAAAGUAAACUCUCAGGCCUGUAAUGGGGAAAGUGUCCUGCUGGACGCUGCAGGAUCAGGAAACACUGCCUGCAUUCAGCUGCUGCUGGACAACAGAGCUAACCCCAACCUUCCCAGCAUGACUGGACACCUGCCGAUCCACAAGGCUGCAUACGCUGGACACUAUGACGCUCUGAAGAUGCUGAUUCCUCUGACCACUAAGAAGGCCAUCAAAGAGGCAGGUCAGAGCCCAGUCCACUCUGCAGCAGAGGGAGGUCAGAGCCGCUGUCUGGAACUCCUCCUGGCCUAUGGCUAUGACGUUAACUACCGCAUGAGCACCAGAAACUCUGAAAACUACAGAGACAUGAGGAGGAGCGCUUUGUACUUUGCCGUGUCCAACGGGGACAUUAAAUGCACCAAAAUCCUUCUGGCUGCCGGGGCAAAGACAGACCUGGACCCCCUCUGCUGCCUCCUGGUGGCGGUCAGGUCGGGGCGAUAUGAGAUCGUAAAGCUGCUGCUGGGAGCUAAAGCAGACGUGAACUGUUACUUCACAGUGGUGAGCGACACGGUGUUUCCUACGGCACUGCAGUACUGCCUGAAGGACGAGGUGAUGAUGAGGCUGCUGCUAAACAAUGGGUACAAGGUGGAGAGGUGUUUUCACUGUCACCAUGACAACGAAUUUGAUGCUGUGGAUGAGGGGGAGCGGAAAAUUCCAUUCUGUGAGUUCAUAAACCUCUGCUGCGUCAUGCAUCUGUCAGGCAGGGUUGUUCGGACUCUUCUGGACUACAUGAGCCACGUCCACAUCUGUUCCAAACUCAGAGUCCUCCUGGAGAAACAGGCAGAGUGGACUGAGAUAUGUGACAUCCUCAGCAGUCCUCGCUCCCUCAGACACCUCUGCAGACUGGAGAUCAGGAGGCAUCUUACUCUGAAGAGACUCAACAAGCCUGAAAUCAUGAACUCACAUGUUUUCCCUCCAAGACUGAAGAGCUUCAUUUUGUACCAGGAGUUGGACCUCUACAGUCAGGACCCUGAACGACUCAUGUGA